AUGAACAUCAACAAACUGAUCUACGGGCCAAACGUGGCAGGGCAAAGUUUGGUUGACCGUGUCAUGGCUGCCAAGCACAGCCUGGCUGGUCAGGGUUUGGCCAAAUCGGUCUGCAAGGCGACCACCGAAGAGGUCAUAGCCCCUAAAAAAAAACAUGUCGAUUAUCUGAUCCAAUGCACGCAUGAGCCUAACGUAUCGAUUCCGCAGUUGGCCGGUCUGCUCUUAGAAAGAAGUCAAAAUUUCAGUUGGGUGUCUGUAUUCAAGGCACUCCUCACCACCCACAGCCUUAUGAAUCAUGGAAAUGAGAAAUUCACGCAGUACCUGGCGUCAAACAACUGCAGUUUCAAGUUGGAGAACUUCACUGACAAGACCUCACCACAGGGGUACGACAUGUCACCCUACAUUCGCAGGUACGCAAAAUAUAUAAACGAGAAGGCUGUCUCGUACAGACUGAUGGCUUUUGACUUCUGCAAAGUUAAGAAAGGCAAAGAUGACGGCGUUCUAAGAAUAAUGGAUUCAGAGAAGCUUUUGAAGGCACUGCCAGUUCUGCAAUCUCAAGUUGAUGCCCUCUUGGAAUUCGAGGUCACUCAGAGUGAACUGAACAAUCCAGUGAUCUUCGCAUCUUUCAUGAUGCUUUUUAAGGACCUCAUCCGUCUACUGGCUUGCUAUAAUGACGCCAUCAUCAAUUUACUCGCGAAAUUCUUCGAUAUGAACAAGAAGCAGUGUAAGGAAUCGUUGGAUAUGUACAAAAAGUUCGUCACCAGGAUGGAGGGAGUUGGAAAGUUCUUCAAAGUUGCCGAGGGAGUUGGCAUUGAAAAAGGAGAUAUACCUGAUCUUGCUCAGGCACCUUCAACUUUACUGGAUGCUCUCGAAACGCACAUGAAAUCUCUAGAGGGUUCCAAAAAAGGUACACUUUAA